AUGGGCUCCAUCAGCAACAGCGACACGCCGGCGCUCGCCACGAACCCCCGGUUCAUCUUUUUCACCGACUUUGACGGCACCGUCACGACGGCCGACUCCAAUGACUACAUGACCGACAACUUGGGCUUCGGACGCGAGCGCCGCGUCCAGGGCAACAAGGACGUGCUCUACGGCGGCGUCCACUUCCGCGACUCGUUCCAGGAGAUGAUGGACAGCAUCAAGACCCCCUACCCGGAGUGCGUCGCCACGUUGCUCAAGAACAUCAAGCUCGACCCGGGCUUCAAGGAGUUUUACUCUUGGUCGCGCGAGAACAACGUCCCCAUCGUCAUCCUCAGCGGCGGUAUGCAGCCCAUCAUCCGCGCCCUGCUCGACAACCUGCUGGGCGAGGGCCAGUGGGACAUUCAGAUUGUCAGCAACGACGUGCGCGCUCGCGAGGGCAAGACGCUGGAGCAGGAGGGCGGCUGGCGCAUCGAGUUCCACGACGACAGCAUCCACGGCCACGACAAGUCCAUCGAGAUCCGCAAGUACUCGUCCUUGCCCAACCGGCCAACCAUGUUCUACGCUGGCGACGGCGUCUCGGACCUGUCGGCGGCCAAGGAGACGGACCUGCUGUUUGCAAAGGCCGACAAGGACCUCGUCACCUGGUGCGAGAACGAAAAGGUGCCUUUCGUCACGUUUCGCGACUGGACGAGCAUCACCCAGACGGUCAAGGACAUUGCCGCAGGGAACAUCACGGUCCAGGACGCCGCACGGGGCCGCAUCUAA